AUGACGAUUUGUCAGAACUUCCUCGACAACUUAUCGAGGCUGAGCAAAUUCCGCCUCCAUACUGGGAAUGUGAACGCGUACACCGAGCUCAAGUUGAGAAGAUUUGAAAACUCUGCUGAAGAAUUAUCUGCAUGUCUCGAUUUACAACUACAAUCAACUCCGCUCACAUCCGAGUUCAAAGACGAUACUACUUUACUUCUAUGUGAUAAUGCACACAUUGAUGACUACGAGCGGGCGGAAAUAAAAAUAACGAUGAAAGUUUUUCUUUCAUCAUGGGAAGCAUCACAAAUCGAAGCAGCAAUUUCCAGUCUCAAAGAGCAGCUCAAAACAAAAGACAUCGAAGUUCUGAUUCUGUCUUUUCCCGAGCUGGACGUUGUAGAAGGAGAGUCUGAAGAAAAGGAAAUCCAGCGUUGGUUCGAAAAAGUGAAGCCACUCUACGAAUCCGCUUCGAAGCUCGUCGAGUCGUCUCAGAUUGGAUCCAUCGGAGUCGCCGACUUCACUGCAGCGCAGUUGUCCAAAAUCAUCGAAACAUUCGACACCAAGCCAAGCAUCAACCACGUCCGCUUAGAUGGAUGUUGUCAAGUACCUCCAGAACUCCAGUCACUUGCCAACGACCACGAUGUUCAGCUGCUAGUUCACAAUGACCCGAACCCAUUUCCCACCAACAAAAUCUUUCACACCUUCUGUGAACUUCGUGGUCAAACUCCUCCGAUUUGUCCUUUGUUUGAAACCACUUGGGCAGCUCGUUAUUCUGUUUGGGUCCGAAGAAGAUCUAUUAUGGCUUCCAAGGGCUACAUAGUACAAUUCAUUCGCAAAACGUGA